AUGUCUGCGAUGGAGAAAGAAAGCCACGAAAAUAGUGCAACGGAAGAACAGAAGAGCGUGAAAAUUAAGCAUGAGCCUGGAGCAAAGGGGCCAGGACCAAUCGUCAAAACAGAGAAAGGCCAUGGAUUGGAAGCUACGAGCAUGGAAAUUGACAUGAAAGUAAAGAAUGAGCCCAACGCUUUCGAGGAACGAAAGCCGAAGGCCAAGAAGAUCCUCACUGAUUCCUUGCUGGGGACCGGCGCCAAAAAGCCGCCUUUGAAAGCAAAGUCGACACUAGCCAAGGUGAAGAAGGAGAAAGCACGACUUCCGAAAACUAAGAAAACGGGACGUUGCAAGUGCAAAGGAGAUUGCAGAUUCGCGGAACUCUUUAAGAAAGUGAUGGCGAAGCAAUCUGAGAAAAUGGGUCCUCAUGUCCACGGUCAAUACCACAAUUCGAAUUCACAGAGGAGAAAGCGCUUCUAUAAUUACUGCAGCCGAGAAGACAAAUCGCUCAAUGAAAAGAAGAUGGACCCACGCCACUCCCAGUUUGACUCCAAAAUGGAGUUGCCAUGUACUCCGAAACUAGCUGCAAUUAGAUCUGUGACAUGGUCUCACAAUUUCACCAUGGCGCGUUCCAAUCGCAAUGUGACCUCCGCCAAGCCCGGCUCAUGUCCAAUGAAUAAGAAACUUCGGAAUGCUGUUCUUGACGAGCUGAUCACAACUCAUGAACAAAAUCCGAAUAAGCGACGUGGUGACAUUGCGCGGAUUGUAGAAGCAAGCCAAGAAGAAUACCCUUAUGUUACCAGGGAUAACUUUAACAAUCGUUGGAGAGCGCUUAAGAAGCAAAGGAAAGAAGCUGCAGCAGCUACAAAUUCAACCGAAAAUUCUGCCGGAAGUUCUGAAGGCUCUGUGCUCGCGAAUGCAGCAGAAGGAGAUUUAAAUUCAGCAGAAAAGGCGGGAAGAAAGAAAGGAUCCACAGACGCCGCAAAGUUGGAAAGGACACAACAAGAAAUGGAAGCUCUUCACUGGGUCACCAUGAAGUGCAAGGAGAGCAAAGACCGGAAUCCGAAGAAAAUGAAAAGUGGCACGAUUGAUCACCUCAUAACGUCAGCAAGAUCCAAAUUCAAGCUCCCUCCCAUGUGGAAUCCGAGCAAGGAAACCAUCAGGACGCGACUGAAGAAGAAAAUCCAUGUGGUCAAUCCAAAACGGGGACCCAAGAGUCCUGUGCCCGAGGCGGUUGAACGGACGGUAGUGGAGAUUGCAUGUGAAUCCAACAGGUGCGGAAGACCACUGGAUACGUCGGAGAUAAUUGACCUUGCAAAUGACCUCAUCAAAGGCCAACCCAUCGAGAAGGAUAUCAUAGACUGGCAAAUUCGCUUCUGCCCAACAAUACGUAAACGUUUCAAGGAGACCAAAGAACGCCCUACAUCGGCCAACCUUGGACCCGGAUGGUACCAGGGCUUCAGGCAACGAAAUCCAGAGAUAGCAACUGCAAAGGCAAUCAAUCAUGAUGAGCGCAGAGCAUCCUGGUGCAAGUACGGAAACAUGUCAGAUAUGUUCGGCAUGAUUUACAAGAGAUUGAAAGAAGCUGGCCAUGCCAAAGAACUACCAACUCCGCAAUGGCAGGAUCUUCAUGGCAAUGUUGUGUCUGAGAAGGAAGCAUAUGGCCAUCGAGUCGAAUACUAUUUGACACAUUCCCGAUAG